AUGACGGAGGAGCAGCGGCAGAGCCGGAAACGGAAAAGGGGGAGGCGUAACAAGCAAAAGAAGGCCGCCUCUUCCGCGGAAGGCGGCGCCACCACUAAGAGUCUCCGUACCUCUGCCUCUGAUUCUGCCAGUUCUAAUAAAAGUAACCCAAAAUCCUCUUUUCUGGACAAGAUGAAAGCGAGAUUAUCGGGAGGUUACUUUCGUAUGAUUAAUGAGAAGCUCUAUACUUGCACCGGAGAUGAGGCACUUGACUAUUUCAAGGAAGAUCCAGCAUUGUUCAAUGUUUAUCAUGCAGGGUAUCAGGAGCAAAUGUCACAUUGGCCUGAACAGCCAAAUGAUAUAAUUAUAAAAUGGAUAAAGGACCAUAGCCCUUCUUUAGUUGUAGCUGAUUUUGGUUGUGGGGAUUCACGGCUUGCGAGAAGCGUGAAGAAUAAAGUCUUCUCCAUUGAUCUUGUCUCAAACGAUCCUUCAGUCAUUGCUUGUGAUAUGUCCAAUACACCCCUCGAGACUUCGUCUAUAGAUGUGGCCGUCUUUUGUCUCUCGUUGAUGGGAAUUAACUUUCCCAAUUUCCUGAAGGAAGCCCAUAGAGUUCUUAAAUCUCAUGGGUGGCUUUUGAUAGCAGAAGUGAAAAGCAGGUUCGACCCCAGUACGGGAGGAGCGGACCCGAACAAGUUUGUGAAAGCAAUAUGUGAACUAGGAUUUAGUUGUCAGACAAAGGACUUCUCAAACAAGAUGUUCCUACUGUUUUACUUCAAGAAAAAGGAGAAACUGGAUUCUAGAAAGCAAAUCGAUGGUGCCCUAUCUGGAGGUUGGAUCACCAUGAAUCCGGUCCUGGAAUUCGGAAACAUCUGUGGCCAUAUUUCAAUUGGGUGGGUUGGUCGACGAUCCAAUUGA